GUGAAAUUGGUCCGGUACAUCAACAGACAGCGGCUGUGUAAGCUGAGUGUGCCUCUGAAUGACAGGACAGUGGAGCUCAACAGCUACCCAAGAUUCAAUGACUGGUUAGACCUCGUCAAUGUAAAGAAAGAAGUUGUACAGAGAAUCCCAGAGGAGCUAACCCUAGAUGCCUUACUGGAUAUGAAUGAGUCCAAGGUGAAAGAAACCAUGAAGAGAUGUGGGGCCAGUGACGAGGAGUGUUCCAGACUCAAUGGGGCUCUCACCUGCUUAAGGAAGGUGACCGAAUCAGGUGGGGAGUUAAAAGAAGAUCUGUUGUGGAAUCCUUCUGAUGCGCGUCGAGAGAGCACCUCUGCACACCCCGCAGAACCCUCCUGUCCUACAGGCCCCACGUGGACUCAUGGCAUGCUGCAUCUUUCGAAAGGCAACAGCCAGCAGGCACGCUCUGUGUCCGUGUCUGCUAUACCUUCUUCGGAUUCUCUUGCCUCGAGCCAAGGACCUUCAAGCUACACAGACAGCUUCCUGGAACCUUUAGCCUUCCCCUCCCACAGUGGUCGAGUAGUAUUUAGGACUCCUCACAGCAUCACCAUCACACCGCCCACGACGCCUCAGUUAAAGAGGCGUCACAAAUUGAAACCUCCACGGACUCCCCCUCCGCCUAGCCGGAAGGUUUUUCAGCUGCUACCAAACUUUCCAACCCUCACAAGAAGCAAGUCCCAUGAAUCACAGCUGGGCAACAGGAUAGAUGAAGUUCCUCCUGUAAAGUUUGAUCUUCCCCAGGGAUCCCCUCAGAUGGUACGAAGAGACAUCGGCAUAUCCGUAACACACAGAUUCUCUACAAAAUCUUGGUUAUCUCAGAUGUGCCACGUGUGUCAGAAAAGCAUGAUGUUCGGCGUGAAGUGUAAGCACUGCAGAUUAAAGUGUCAUAACAAAUGUACUAAAGAGGCCCCUGCUUGCAGAAUAUCUUUCCUUCCUAUAGCGAAAAUAAGAAGGACGGAGUCUGUCCCUUCUGAUAUUAAUAACCCAGUGGAUAGACCUGCAGAGCCGCAGUUUGGAACCCUUCCAAAAGCACUAACGAAAAAGGAUCAUCCCCCAGCAAUAAACCAUCUAGACUCCAGCAGUAAUCCAUCUUCUACAACCUCCUCCACGCCAUCUUCUCCAGCACCUUUCCAGUCUUCCAAUCCUCCCAGCGCAACGACUCCCCCAAAUCCCUCCCCCAUGGGCCAGCGCGACUGCCGGUUUCACUUUCCAGGUAUCAACCAGAACCUGGCCUGUUUUACAAAGAGCUUCCAAGUCCUGCAGGGGCUCUAUAAAUGGAGGGGAUUUCUGUCCUGGUUGGUCUUUGCAUUGGGAUGGAGGCUGCCUACUACAUUCAACAUAGACAACAGUUUAUCUUCCCAGAAAUCCCCAGCCCCCCUACAAGUAAUACAGCCGCCUGAAACAGCUGAAGACACUAAUGCUGAUGAACAGCUGGACACAGAGGGGGUUGAAGAACCUGAUGCCGAGGUGGAAGAGCAAGAACCGAAUAAAUCGGAACCGGAGGACGAUGAGGACGAGUUAGACGACUUGCCCAGCAAGCGGCCACACUGGAAAGGGAUGAUCUCCCGCAAGGCCAGCCAGACCAGCGUCUACUUGCAGGAGUGGGACAUUCCCUUUGAACAGAUUGAGUUGGGGGAGCUCAUCGGCCAAGGGCGAUGGGGGAAGGUUUACCGGGGGAAGUGGCACGGAGAGGUGGCGAUCAGGCUGUUGGAGAUUGAUGGGAACAAUCAGGACCAUCUCAAGCUCUUUAAGAAGGAGGUGAUGAAUUACAGGCAGACCCGACACGAGAACGUGGUGCUCUUCAUGGGGGCGUGCAUGCACCCCCCUCAUUUAGCCAUUAUUACCAGCUUUUGCAAAGGAAGGACGCUUCACUCAUUUGUAAGGGAUCCCAAGGUAUCUUUGGAUAUUAACAAAACCAGGCAGAUAGCUCAAGAAAUCCUUAAGGGCAUGGGGUAUCUUCAUGCAAAGGGGAUUGUGCAUAAAGAUUUGAAGUCCAAGAAUGUUUUCUAUGACAAUGGCAAAGUGGUGAUCACAGACUUUGGACUAUUCGGAAUUUCGGGUGUGGUUCAGGAGGGAAGGCGUGAAAAUGAACUGAAACUGCCCCAUGACUGGCUGUGCUAUCUGGCCCCUGAAAUUGUUCGUGAGAUGUCUCCUGGGAAAGACGAAGACAAGCUGCCCUUCUCCAAGGCUGCAGACGUCUAUGCUUUCGGGACGGUUUGGUAUGAGCUCCAAGCAAGAGAAUGGCCUUUCAAGAGCCAGCCAGCUGAAGCACUCAUCUGGCAGAUCGGAAGCGGAGAAGGAGUGAAGCAUGUCCUUGCUACAGUUAGUGUAGGGAAAGAAGUCAGCGAAAUCCUCUCAGCAUGUUGGUCUUUAGACCUCAGCGAGAGACCCAGCUUUACUCUCCUCGUGGAUAUGCUUGAAAAACUGCCAAAACUGAACAGACGGCUGUCGCAUCCUGGACACUUCUGGAAAUCUGCAGACAUUAACAGUAGCAAAGUUGUCCUCCGUUUUGAAAGAUUUGGCUUGGGAAUCCUGGAAUCAAGUAAUCAAAAGAUAUAGCAUGGUGUGUAAUUAUCUUGUUGAUAUUGUUGUCUACCUGCUUACACACAACAUCAGAAACCUUCACGGCAUCUUCCGAACUCUGAAACUGGUGCAGCCCUACCUGAAAGCCACACGACCCCUCCGUUCAAACUGGCGUAUGUUGUUUCUGAAGUCUGAGUUCUGCCUAAGCACCAGCAAUUAUUUAAAAAAUGUUUACAUCAUAUGUUUCUCUGUGAACUAUAUUUUUUUAACAUGAUGAUGAUAAUAAUAAAGGUGAUUUAAGAUUUUUCUUUAAGUGCAAGCAUUCAAAUGGCACUGAAGAGAACUGUUCCCCCAGUUCUUCGUUGCAUCUGUGGAGUAACUAAGGGCUAAUUUCUGCACUGCAAAUCAUGCACAGAGUUUCCACUGAAGCUAAUCGAGGUUGCACAUGUCAGAGAAUGGCUAGCUUUAAAUCACUAAUGCAGCCAAUUCAAGUGAGAAGGAAUGGAGUUAUGGCCCCAUUGUGUCUCCAUAAGGAAGCUUCUAAAAGAACGUUAGAUUUUUAUUUUAUUGAAAGGAAAUGCAUGUAUUGUGUUUAUGGUUUGGGCAAACUUAAUAAACUCUUGAUUACUGAUCUUCUCUGGAAACUUUGUCUAAGCUUGGGCUGGUUCUGAUCUCGGUUACACUGCUGCGAAUGUGGAAUACCUCCACAGUGGUGUUAACUCUGAGUCCAGAUUUACACUGAGAUCAGAAUCCUGGCCUUUUGUCUUGAACUAUGCUAGAAAAGGAUUCCAUUCUAAUCAAUAGUCAUUUAUUCAUAGAAUAGUGGAGGGUGGGAUUUAAAAAAAAAAGAGGGGAGUGGGAGCAUCAUAAUCUCACUGGCUU